AUGGCGGAGAAAGAAGCAAAAAAAGAAGCCAUCGAAAUAAUUUAUGAAAUUUCAAACAUACUAAACGUAAAUUUAGACAAAGAAACGAUCGUGAUUUUAAUACAACUAUGUGAAUAUGGCGUCAGUCCCAAGGUUCUUUCACAUAUUAUUAUCCAAUUGAAAAAGGAAAAGCAAAAAUUUCUACAAAAUUUAAGUAACAAUAUGGGAAAUUACAAGGAGGAAAACACAUAA